GAGAGUGAAAAGAUAGAUCUCUAGAGUAUAGAAAAGAGAGAAGAUAGUUCUCGAAGUUUCGUUGGAAGAGGUUCGAAAAGAGCCGUCGUCACCAAUGGUUCACAUAGUGGAAGUUGUAUCGUCGCGUCGGAACGACUUACAAAUGAUGAACCGUCCUAUUCAAGUCAAGCCGGCGGACAGUGAAAACCGCGGAGGCUGUGCAUUCGUAAAACUUUCAUCGCAUCAAGAAGCGCUAGCGGCGAUCAAUACCUUACACGGUAGCCAAACUAUGCCGGGUGCGUCAUCCAGCUUAGUGGUAAAGUUCGCAGAUACUGAGAAAGAGAGACAACUAAGACGCAUGCAGCAAAUGGCCGGGAACAUGAGCCUCCUUAACCCUUUCAACGUCUUCAAUCAGUUCGGCGCUUACGGCGCUUAUGCUCAGCAGCAAGCAGCCCUGAUGGCUGCCGCGACAGCACAAGGCACGUACAUCAAUCCAAUGGCAGCACUGGCACACGUUGGCGCUGGGCAACUGCCGCACGCGUUAAACGGCAUGCCAAACCCUGUCGUUCCACCGACUUCCGGUACAACACACGAUUUUGCUUUUCUUCUUUUUUACACGAAAACACUGAUGGCCACUGAGAAGCUGCUGUAUUAUUACGGAAACGAAAAUAGGAAGAAUAAGAGCGGCAUGCACCACGUGUAUAGAUGUGGACACAUCAUGAUGUAUUUGUUAUUUGUUACUGUCGCAGCUUAUCCCGCCGUCUACGGCCAGUUUCCUCAAGCUAUUCCUCAGCCGAUGACCGCUGUGGCACCCACGCAGAGGGAAGGAUGCUCUAUCUCAGGACCCGAAGGCUGCAACCUGUUCAUCUACCACCUGCCCCAAGAGUUUGGUGACGGUGAGCUCAUGCAGAUGUUCAUCCCCUUUGGCAACGUCAUAUCCUCCAAGGUUUUCAUCGAUCGGGCCACCAACCAGAGCAAAUGCUUCGGUUUCGUGUCGUUCGACAAUCCAGCGAGUGCGCAGACAGCAAUUCAAGCGAUGAAUGGCUUCCAGAUAGGGAUGAAGCGUUUAAAAGUCCAGUUAAAGAGGCCCAAGGACGCAAGCCGGCCAUACUAACCAAAGUCCUAGCUUAGAGAAACUGGACGAUACGCACCCUACAUCAUAACCCACAGAAUGUCGUACAAGAACACGGGCUUAUUGAACGCUCGACGAUCAGAAGUGAUGAGUUUGAAUCACCGUUACAACGCUCUCCACUAUAAUAACCUAGUAUACUAGUUAGAUAAAUUAAUUAGAGGAUAACAAUUAGAAGUCAGUAGAUUGACUUCGCCGGCAGUCACGCGGCGAGGACGAAGAGGCUGAUGAUAUGCUAAUGAAAACACACACACACAUUGGAUUGUCCAGCGCUGAACGCGAGUCCGAGAGAAAGGCAAAAAGAUAAGAAAAAAAAAAAAAAAAAAGAUAAAAAAAACGCGAGUAGGAUUUCACGCUUCGAACAAAACGAAAACUCUCGGAUGCUCGGAUACGAUCAAUCCUUUUACUAAACGAAAAAAACGGAAAAAAAACCAAAAAAAGAAAGAACGGAACACGCGUCGAUCUUUCUCAUCCUCUUCUUUCUAUUUUCCUACAUCUUACAUUAUAUUUUAUACGUAUUCUUUCCGUUCUUCACUCUCGAUCCCUACUGCCAAAUAUACGAGAACCCGUAUCGGAAUAACGGAGCAAAAAAAAAAAAAAGAAAAAUCUUUCGAUACGCGUUUCUUCUCGACGACGACGUCGUCGGUCGUCGUCGUCGUCGUUGUCGUCGUCCUAGUAACGAGUUUUAUCAUCCGAUCAUCCGGGACAAGUAGAAAUUAAAGCGGGAGCCUUUAAGAGCCUCUCGACCAGGUUUUAUCGUUCCGAAGACACGCUAACUCUUAAAUAGUUUGAUAAAUCACGUGAUGGGAAAACGUUCAAGGCGGGCGACUUUCCAG